AAAAAAAAUUAUAAAUAAAUAAUGACUUCUGAACAAUCUGAUGAACUUGUUGAGGAAACAAGUUGUAGUUUAGUAAUCUUUUAGUCGUUGACAGACGAUUCCUUUGAUGCUUUAGCUAUCGAUGUAUUUAGUUUCUAAUCAUUCCAUCAAAAGUUGAUAGAAUUAUUGUAAGGAUGUCAUACAAGCAUAAACAAAUAAUGAGUACCGAGGAUAUUAAACAAGAAGUAAUGGAGGAACCUCCUGACAAAAAACCCAAACUUUCUGCAACUCUGGCUGUAUCCUCAAUCCUGGCAGACGAAUACACCAACUCACCGGCUCUUGUAGAAGUCCUAAUUGGCCGAAUAAAUGACAAAAAACAAAUAUCUCGUUACAUAAAAGACUUAAAUGAAAAACUUCCUUUGACAUCACUGCAGCAUCUCAAAAGAUGUCACAAACAGAAGAUAGUUAUCCAGAAAUGUUCUGAGAUGAAUGAUGUACCAGUGUUGAAGUAUUUGAAGGAUUUAGGAAUUGAUGUUAAGGACUUGGAUGGUGUUUUUGAGAAAAGAAGAGUUCCUGCAUCCAGUGUUAAGUUGAAAUGGCAGUUUGAUGAAAUGAAUCAAAUCUGGCCUCUGAAUUUUCAUCCUGAUAAAAACCUGGAACAAAUGUACAACAACCAAAUGUUUACUGACCAAGAGUUGCAAAGACACCAGGAGUAUCUACAAUUGGCUUUGAGGCUAAGCCAGGAAAACAUUACCAAAAUCCUGCAAGACAAAUAUAUCACCACCAGUCCUCAAUCCAAGGCAGCUCCAAGUAUUUUCCAGAAGUACCAAAAAAAUCCAGAAACUUGCCAGGAGUCUUUUACCAAUCAUGGUGCACUUGCAGUGGAUCCUGCCAUAGAUUCCAUAGUUGCUGUUGGUUAUGAUUUAAGGCAAUUGCAUCCUGCACAGCAUUGUUGUCUGGUUCUGGUUGAUAAUGUUGCCAAGGGACAGAAUGGAGGUGCUUGGAGUGAUGGGAUGUUUGAAACAGAUCCUACUGCUGAUUUAAAGUCUGAAUCAAUUAAAGAAGACAUGGACGAUGACCUCAACACAAAAGGAGUGUCUGAGUGUUUUAAAAAAUUAAUAUUAACUGAUGACUACCAAUUCAAAAUUGGUUCUAAACCUGUUAUUGCACCAAAACAAAACUCAGAUCAAUCAACCAAUUCAGAACAAAAAUCAGGACCAUACCUGUGUACAGGCUACGAUGUUUAUUUAACACACGAGCCUUGUUGUUUUUGUGCAAUGGCUCUGACUCACAGUCGUGUUUCAAGAGUGUUUUAUUUAUUUGAUAAUUUAGAAAAUGGUGCUUUGAGGAGUCGGAUGAAACUACAUACAGUUAAGGAUUUGAAUCAUAGAUUUGAGGCUUAUAAAUGUGAUUUAAGUUCUACAAUUCUUUACUCUGUAUUUCUUAAAUAA